UUGGCCCGGCGGCUCAGAGGUAAAACCGGCCGCCGAGAGGGGAGCGUGAUAGCCCGGCUCCUGCCUCGCUGACAGCCCCCCCACCCCCCUCCAUCCUCCUCCAUCCCCAUGCGGCCGGCCCUGUGAUCCCCCCCUCCACCGCAGGCCAGAGGCAGGCAUGGGGGGGACGCCCCCCGAGGCCGGCCGGGAGCCGGGGUCCUGUUGUAGACCCCUCCUGGGGGUGUUCUGCCUCCUCCUCCUCCUCCUCCCCAUCCCGUUGGCAGCGCUCCUGGAGAGCCUCGGAAACCAGGCCGGCCUCGCCCUGCACAAGACUCAGGAAGACACCAGAGCGGCCGGUGCCCCUGGCCCCCGGCCCCCCACCAUCCCGGCCCCCCUGCCCCAUCGGACCCGGAGACGACGCUACACCAUUACCCCAGGCAGGCUUCGCUGGGACCAUUUCAACCUGACCUACAAGAUCCUGUCCUACCCUAGGAACCUCAUCAACGAGAGCGAGACCCGGCGGGGACUGGCGGCUGCCUUCCGCAUGUGGAGUGAGGUCUCCCCGUUCAACUUCAAGGAGGUGCCUCGAAGCCGGCCCAGCGACCUCAAGAUAGGUUUCUACCCGAUCAACCACACGGACUGCCUGGUGUCCCUCCUCCACCACUGCUUCGACGGCACGACCGGCGAGCUGGCCCACGCCUUCUUCCCCCCGAACGGCGAGAUCCACUUCGACGACAGCGAGUACUGGAUUGUGGGCAACACCCGGUUCAGCUGGAAGAAAGGCGUGUGGCUCACGGACCUGGUCCACGUGGCGGCCCACGAGAUAGGCCACGCUCUGGGCCUCAUGCAUUCCCUGAACGGCAACGCGCUGAUGCACAUCAACGCCACGCUGACGGGCAAGAAGACCAUUUCGCAGGACGAGAUGUGGGGCAUCCAUCGGCUCUACGGCUGCCUGGACAGGCUCCAUCCCUGCCCGUCAUGGGCUCGGAGGGGUUUGUGCGACUCGCGCAGGAAGUUCAUGAAGAAAUUCUGCCCCAGCAGCUGUGACUUCUGCUACGAGUUCCCCUUCCCGACGGUAGCCGCCACCCCUCCGCCCCCCAGAACCAAGACCAAGGUGGUGCCAGAGGGCAGGAACGUCACCUUCCGCUGCGGCCAGAAAAUCCUCCACAGGAAAGGCAAAGUGCACUGGUACAAGGACCGGGAGCUGCUGGAAUACUCCUACCCAGGCUACCUCGACCUGAGCGAUGCCCACAUGAGCGUCAUCGCCAACGCCAUCAAUGAGGGCACCUACACCUGCGUCGUGAAGAAGAAGGAGCGCAUCCUCACCACCUACUCCUGGAGGCUGCGUGUGAAGCGUUAAGUGGGGCCGGAGGGUGACUGGCUAGGGCCCGGGCCAAAGAGCUCCCACUCCCCCGUGCCCCUUCCUGCGGAGUGGGGGCUCAGGAACAGUGAGGCACCCACCUCCCCAGAAUGGACUCUGUGGGCCAGGGCAGAGGGGAGGGGGCAGCGGCAAGGCCAAUGGAGCGGGCCGAGAUCUGAGACUGUGCCACGGCGGCUCCGGGCCCACGGGCCGGGGAGGGGUGCUGCCGGACAGAGCCCGACUGAUAAAUGCUUUUGCCAAAGAA